UCCGACACCACGUGAACUCAUCGUAAACUUCCGGCGCACGGAGGCGACAAACAUCCGCCCGGCUAACGCAGCAGCUAAUGCCGCAGCUGCGUGAAAACCACGCACCCCAGACUGUGCGUGAAGAGAUACGGCAGCUCUGUCACUUUGACUCCCUCCUCAGAAGGUUCUCCAGGAUGUAUGGGUGCAUCUCAACAUUUAUCAUCAGUUAUUAAAGACUUCAUCAUUAGGCUGCAGCUGUAACUGACACAGAAAACCAUGACAGAGCCGCGCAAUCCAGGGACGUCCUCCCUCCCGCAGUCGGCCCCAGUACACGCAGACUCCACCUCGCCUGCUGUCGAGAUGGACCCUGUGGAGUAUACCCUCAGGAAGCGCCUCCCCCGCAAACUCCCAAAGAGACGCAACGACGUCUAUGUCAACAUGAAGACUGAUUUCCGUGCUCAGCUGGCGCGCUGUCAGAAGCUUCUGGAAGGCGGGGGUCACAGGGAGAUCUGUGUCCACGGCCUGGGCCUCGCCAUCAACCGGGCCAUCAACAUUGCCCUUCAGCUGCAGGCCAGCAGCCAGGGGGCGCUGCAGCUUGCGGCCAACACGUCUACGGUGGAGCUGGUGGAUGACCUGGAACCCGAGGAUCCCGACGAGGCCGGGGAGCCCAUGACGCGUACACGCAACAACUCGGCUAUUCAUAUCAAGGUUUACUACCCUGACCCUCAGUGACAUGAACUGAGGACUGCCCAGUGUGUGGCAGAGUGGCAGUAUUCCCCAGGAGACCAGAAAACAUUGUCGGUGGGGGCUGUUAUUGUGGGGACAUUUAAUGGCAGAGCAGUGCAGAAUGGAGCAGACAAGCAUUAAGUGUGUGAUUGUAUCACUAACCCAUGUGGGCACGGACAGCCUCACUUGUCUGAAUUUAUAGAGCUGUUACUUUUGUGUUGUGUCCUGCCUUUUUAAGUUUGCAUGUGUUGAAGCAGUGGUGAUGUUCUUAAGGUGAAACCUCAAUGUAAUUUAAUACCUGUGUUCAUGUCAUGCACUUAUACAUGUGAAACGUACACGUAAGAGUAUCUAUAAUUUGAAUAGCCAAAGGUCUGCGCAAGGAUUUAGUUUCAGGUUUUCACAGAUACAAAUAAUCAAAAACUGAGACACCAUGAGUUAACGUUUCUAGCAGGUGUUAUCGGUGUCCACUAGAUGUCAUCAGUCAGGCAAGUAGGAUGUUAUCCCUCUGCAAACUAAUAUCUAUGGCACCAAGUCACAGUCUAUUCUCAAACCUGUUUUAUAACAUGAGUUCAGCUGAGGGUCAAGGAAUCUGAUUUAUAUUUGGCUUUGUGUCAUUGAACUGCUGUUAUUUACUUUGAUUAGAAUGGAUGUAGUAGACAGGUAUCUAGAACAUGAUGAAAAAAAACUA